CUGAAGAAGUUCUCCCCCCGGAGGUGCAGUCGGCAUGUGCUCAGGAGAGCCCCCGCUCGGCGAGGCCCCGCCCCGCGGCCAAUGGUGUCUUCUGCUGCGCCCGGCGCCGGCGACGUGGCCCAAUGAGGACGCGGGGGGGCUCCGCUCCAAUGAGGAGGCGCCGCGUCCGGCUCUGGGGGGAAAAGAAGGAGGAGGCCGCUCCACCCACCCACCGACCUACUUCUGCCGGCGUUCUCUACAGCCUCGCUUCCCCGCCGCCAGGAUGGCUUCCGCUGCCGUGUGGCCGUUUCUGCCCGUCCUGCUGCUUGCCUGCCUCCCGCCCCGCUCGGAUUCAUUGGCCGUGAUGUCAGUGGACAUGGGUAGUGAAUCCAUGAAGAUUGCCAUUGUCAAGCCUGGGGUACCCAUGGAAAUUGUCUUAAACAAGGAAUCUCGGAGAAAGACUCCUGUGGCUGUGACCCUGAAGGAGAAUGAGCGCCUCUUUGGUGACAGUGCUGUGGGCAUGGGUAUCAAGAACCCAAAGGUGGCUUUCCGAUAUUUUCAGGAUCUCCUGGGCAAGCACAUUGAUAACCCACAAGUGACCAUGUACCAGUCACGUUUCCCAGAGCAUGAGUUGGUGAAAGAUGCAAGGAGAGAGACCGUUGCCUUCAAGCUGUCAGACAAAAUACAGUAUUCUCCAGAAGAGAUCCUGGGCAUGGUCCUGAACUAUUCUCGGGUGCUGGCAGAAGAAUUUGCAGAACAGCCCAUCAAGGAUGCUGUGAUCACUGUUCCUGUCUACUUCAACCAGGCGGAGAGAAGAGCAGUCCUGCAUGCAGCAAAAAUGGCAGAUCUGAAGGUUCUGCAGCUCAUCAAUGACAACACAGCUGUGGCUUUGAACUAUGGGGUGUUCCGGAGGAAAGACAUCAAUGCUACAGCUCAGAAUAUAAUGUUUUAUGACAUGGGAGCAGGCAGCACUGUGUGCACCAUUGUGACCUAUCAAGCAAUGAAAACAAAGGACUUGGGAACCCAGCCUCAGCUGCAGAUUCGGGGUGUUGGAUUUGAUCGCACACUAGGAGGGCUGGAGAUGGAGCUGCGCCUUCGGGACCAUCUGGCCAAACUCUUCAAUGAGCAACACCCAUCAAAGCAUGUCCGGAAAAACCUCAGAGCCAUGGCCAAGCUGCUGAAGGAAGCCAAUCGCCUGAAAACUGUGCUAAGUGCCAAUGCUGAUCAUGUGGCUCAGAUUGAGGGGUUGUUGGAUGACAUUGACUUCAAAGCCAAGGUUUCCCGGCAGGAAUUUGAGGAGCUGUGUUCUGACUUGUUCCAGCGGGUUGCAGGACCUGUGCAGCAGGCGCUUAGCAGUGCUGAGAUCAGUUUGAAUGAAAUUGACCAGGUGAUCCUAGCUGGUGGUGCCACUCGCAUACCAAAGGUGCAAGAAUUUCUGCUAAAAGCAGUUGGCAAGGAUGAGCUGGGCAAGAACAUCAAUGCGGAUGAAGCAGCUGCAAUGGGUGCUGUCUAUCAGGCAGCUGCCUUGAGCAAAGCCUUCAAGGUGAAGCCUUUUAUUGUCCGUGAUGCGACUGUUUUCCCUAUCCAGGUUGAAUUCACCCGUGAGGUAGAAGAGGAGGAUAACUCCAAGAGUCUUAAGCACAACCGGCGGAUCCUGUUCCAGCGCAUGGCUCCAUAUCCCCAGCGCAAGGUCAUCACCUUCAACCGCUACACGGAUGACUUUGAGUUCCAUGUCAACUACGCAGAUAUGGGCUUCCUGAGUGACACUGACUUGCAGGUUUUUGGGUCCUUGAAUCUUACAAGAGUGAAGCUGCGAGGAGUGGGUGAGAGCUUCAAGAAACAUUUGGAUUAUGAGUCCAAAGGCAUCAAGGCUCAUUUCAACAUGGAUGAGAGUGGGGUCCUGAGCCUCGACCGUGUAGAAUCUGUGUUUGAGACGGUGGUGGAGGACAAGCCAGAGGAGGAAUCCACACUAACAAAACUUGGGAACACAAUCUCCAGCCUGUUUGGAGGAGGCAGCCCUGUGCCAGAAGCACCUGAAAACUUGACUGAGACAGUUCAGGAGGAAGAAGAAAGCCAAGCAGAAUCAGGAAAGGAGGACCAGAAGGAUAUUAGUGGGGCUGCUAGUGAGGAGGAUGAAAAGCAGCCACCACCAUCCCCAGCUCCAGAGAAAGGUGCUGAAGAUACUUCUGAAGCAGAGGACCAACAAGAGUUGGGCAGAGAGAAACUGGACUCUCAGGAACCCCAAGAGAAGACAGGAACUGGGAAGGGGGAGGAGCCUGCAAAGGACCCUGAGGGCAAUGAUGCCAAAGUAGCCGAGGAGGAGAAAAAGCCGAAGCUUCCCAAAAAACAGAAGCUGGUGGAGGAGAUUGCAGUGGAGCUGGAUGUGAAUGAUGUGCCAGAGUUGCAGCCAGAAGAGCUGCAGGACUCCAUAACAAAGUUGCGAGAGUUGACGGAAAGAGACUUAGAGAAGCAGGAGAGAGAAAAGUCUGCCAAUAGCCUUGAGGCCUUCGUCUUUGAGACCCAGGACAAACUCUAUCAGGAGGAGUACCAGUUUGUUUCGACGGAAAAAGAGAGAGAGGAAAUUUCCAAGAAGCUGAGCGAAGCUUCCAGCUGGAUGGAAGAGGAGGGUUAUACAGCCACAACUAAGGAGCUAAAAGAAAGACUCUCUGAACUGAAGAAGCUGUGCCGGAGCCUUUUCUUCCGUAUUGAGGAGAGAAGGAAGUGGCCAGACCGUCUAGCUGCCCUCGAAAGCUUGCUCAAUCAUUCCAAUAUCUUCCUCAAGGGAGCUCGGAUGAUCCCAGAGGCUGAUCAGAUAUUCACAGAGGUGGAACUAAUCACCUUGGAAAAAGCUAUAAAUGAGACAGCGUUGUGGAAGAAUGAGACCCUGGCAGAACAGAGCAAGCUGCUACCCACCGAGAAGCCUACUCUGCUUUCCAAAGACAUUGAGCUAAAGAUUGCAGCUCUGGACAGGGAGGUACAAUACCUCCUCAACAAGGCCAAGUUUGCAAAGCCCAAGCCCAAAAAGAAAGAAAACACCACAAAAACAGAAGCAGACAAGAACAGCACUGUGUCUCCUGAGAGUGAAAAUAUCAUUCCUCCCAAGGAGGAGAAGCAAGAAGGAGCAGAUAAACCAGAAGAUGCCAUUCCAGUCAAAGAACCACCCGUAGAGGAGAGUGCACCACUGGAUGAUGAAUUGGGACCAGACUCAGGGCCACAAACUGGCAAGAGAUCAGAAACAAGGGAAGACACCAGAACAAAUGAUGAAUUAUAACAGUUCUUUAAAACUCCUUGUGCAUCAAGACCUAUUUAUUUACAGUUAACUCCAUUGUUUUUAUAAUGGACCUGGUUAGUGGAACAUGGCACAGACUGACAACAAAAUGCAAUAGAGCUGUACAUUUUUUUCCUUUUUGUUGGGUAUUUCUUUGUUGCUGAUUUUGGUGUGUUUGUCUCGUUUCUUUACUUUGUUUAAAAAAAUGACUUUGAGCUCAUUGGGAAGUCUAGCUGUGUUCUCUACGGCACUGUCCCUAGAAUUGCCACUUCGAACUGGUAGAUUAAAUUUACCUGAAACUCUUCUAGCAAAUGACACCUGACCCCAGUUCUCCAAACUCAGCUUCAUCUUGUGAAGAGCGAUAGACAUUACUGGUCUGCAACAGUUUGCAGAUACUUCCAUCCUACAGCUGGAACCUUCUGCUUCAGCCUCAUCAUGUUCUUACUAUGCUGCAUUGACUAGGCUUGCAUAAGCAAGUUCCCUUAUGUCCUUGCUCUAGGGCUGUUGAUGACCAGUUUUCUAUUUUGGGGGCCUUUGUGUAACUGAAACUGGUGAAACGGGACUGGAGAGUAAAGGAAAUUGAUAAUACUUGGAAGGAAAACCAAAGUGCUCAAGCAGCUAACAGUGAUAUAGAAUGAAGACUCCUGAAAAGCAGGCUUUUAAUUCCUAGUUACAGACCAGCAGGUAUAGCCAUUGAUAAGACAUAAAAGAGACUGGCACACACAGUCUCCUUUCUACCAUCAGUUACUACCUUAGGGAGUUUUGCCAAACUCCAGUCAUUUCUAAUAUGGCCAUGAGAUUACGCUAUUGUAACAAAAGGGGAGGCUGUUCUACCCAACCAAAAUAAGGUCAGCAGUCUUCUUUUUAUAUAUAUAUAUAUAUAUAUAUAUAUAUGACGUUCUUUAUGUAUUUUUUUGCUGCCCAAGUUCAUGGGUCUGCUUUCUAAUUGCCUUCCUAGCAACACUGGACACUGUUCUUAAUCUUGCGUUUCUUGAUGCUGUUCAAGUUAUAUAGUAAUUUGGGAAGUCAGCUUACAAAGCUUGCUGUCUCAGGUGGGGUGCAUGCACAUCUCUCUCUUGUCUUUUAUUUAAUAGCUCAGUUACCUUACCAUGCAGUUGACCUUCCCACUUCACCCACUUAGUAGUGUAGUAGGGACAGCUGUGGCUGUAGGAAAAGAAAUUCUGAUACUUCAGUUUUCAGAAGUACAUGAGCUAGGGUACGUGCCCAGCAAAGUCACAGAGUUGAGGAAAAAGUUUAUUCAGCUCUUUUUCUUUUCCCCCUACACACAGUGCUCAAACUGUUCCUUCAAGGGAAUAUCAUUCUUGGAGCACAGCGCAAGCCUAUUGUCUUCAACACAGUUGUCAGUAACUCACUCCCAAGCACUGUUUCCUGGUCCCUAAAAUCAGUUUGGAAACAGGUUUGCUUUACCGGAGUUUAUUGCAAGAAUCCUUCGUCUUAACCUGCAGCUUUGAGGAAUUUGUCUCCUGUGUAUUUAGGCAGAAGUGGUAUGCCAAAUGCUCCUAGAGCAGAGCAAGCAAGGAAAAUGAAACUAAAUUUGUGUGCUGCAUGUUGCAAAGCCCCUUCAUCUUAAUUUCAAUAAGCUUUAUACUUGUGCUUGGAAUUUUAGCCUUCCAUCUUUCCCAGUUGUGUACAUACACAAAUAUGUCUUUGGCUCUGUUAAAAUGUGUGUUGAAUACUUAGAUUUUGGUGAGAAUUGAAUUUCUGACCUUAUUAAAAACUUUCGCAUACCUCUGUUUUGAGCAGAAUGUGCAUUCUACUGUUAGCCUUGAUAAAGCAAUUGGAAUCUGAAUGUAAAAUUCUUGGUUUCCUGAAAAAUUGUUUUCCUGAGUUUGCCUUGUGAUGUGUCUAUCUUUUUUUAUUUCCCCAUUUGAAAAUGGCAGGCUUAGACAUUGUUCAUUUUUCUUUCAUGUAAGUUGGGAAUGAAGGGAGGACAGCUCCUUCUUCAUUCCUCUGCUGCUGCCUUUUGAGAACUGCCUAAAACCCAACUAAGCCCAGUCCAGAAAGCCAAUGGGUGAAACGAGUACCUGUUCUGCCGCUCCCUGUGUACUCAGCAGAAACGUUGUGCAAGUUCCCUUUGCCAUAUUGGCACUUAUUUAGCUGUAGUGUCUGGAGUUUUGUUUUACAUCUGUGUUCAGGUGCUUGUUGGACAGUUCUGUUAACUUUUUUUAGGAGGGAGGGAAGGAGAACGGGGGCAUCACAUUUAAAUCAUUCAGUUGAAAUGUAUUUGCUCCUUUUGAAAAUGGUUUCAAUAAAAUAACUUGCUUUUC